AUGCCCGACACGGGGGGAGAUCUGCUCCCCCGCGGCCACCAGUUCUCUACUACCCCGCGCUCCGUCUCGUCGCGUCGCGCACACACGCUCCCAGCGCCGACGCCCACGCCCACGCCGCCCCCGAACGCGCGAUACAAGGGUGCCCGCCCGUCCGACCUCCGCGAGUGCCUCACGCGCCAUGUCUUCCCCGUGUCGCCGGGCCCGCCGCUCCUCCUUGCAGACGGCACGCUGCCCCUCAGCAUCCACGGGAGCGACCUCGACCUCGCGAUCGCGCAGGCGCAGUUCCACACGCACCAGAGCAGCCCCAACGCGCAGAGCAGCCCCAACGCGCACGAACAGACGCGGAGGAUUCGCGUGCAGUACCACGCGCACAUUGCCGGCUUGCUCUUCGACGAGGUACAGCGCGUCAAGGCGCGUCCCAAGCCCGGCGUCCCGGAGACCGACUACUGCAAGCGCGUGGGCGACUGGCACGCCGACAACGAGAUCCUCGCGAGCUACCCGUGCGAGACGGGCAAGCCCGGCCUGUUCGACGUGGUGAUUGAACACGUGAACGAGUUCCUCGCCGUCCGGAGGAACUACGAGCCGACCCGAGCGCCAGUGACCACGGCUGGGUGGAUGCGCCCAUCAGAGCUCGACGCGUCGAGUAAGGGCGACUGGCUGUGCUACGCCGACGAGAAGCCGCGCGCCGUGCUCAAGUUUAAGCGGCUCCUCAUCGACCGCGACCUCGACCAGAUCUUCGACGCCGCGACCGCCGAGCAAGAACACAGGGUCGCUGGCACGAUCCCGCUGAGCAACGGCUUCGAGGUAUGGGUCAAUACCGAGGGGCGCGUGUGCAACUCUGGCACGCUGGGGGGCAACGCCGCCAAGGCGUGUCUGGUGGCCUGGUCAGACUCGCACUACUACCGUACCCGCUGGACGGUGCUAUUCAACGGCCGCCGCGCGAUUGUGUGCUACCUCGCCAAGCCGGACACGCUGUUUGUGUCGAGCAUCAUCCACCACGACGCGGGCUUGUUCCGCGCGGCGCUCACCCCGACGCUGAUGCUGUUUGCGCUCGCGACCAUCGACCGCCGGCCAAGCAUCACCAUGUCGAACGAGGCGCUCAAGUUUUGCCAGUUCCCGGGAUAG